UUGGACUGCCCAGUUUCUGCCGGUUCGCGUGGCCUGCAGGCCUUUUUGACGGGCAUCGACGAUGAGAAACGCCAGGCUCACAGAGAGCUUCUCUUCUCUGUAGACGAAGCAGCAGUUAAAAAGGCGGCUGAACAGUUGAAGCACCAAUUAGAGCAGUCAGUUGCACUCGGCCGAGCUGUUCUCGGUCCAAAGGAGACUUCGAAAUGGACGAAGACAAACGACUGGAGCUUGUUUGAUCUGCUGCAGCAGUAA